CCCAGAAACAGCCCCCACGUCUGCAUAUUCAUCUCCGGCCCGGAGUCUGGGGGACACGGGAAUAACGCCAUUGUCCCCUUCCCAUAUUGUGAAUGACGCUGACCCGAAUGUCUCAGAACAGCAGACAUUUCUCGUGGUGGUGGCCGUUGACUUUGGAACCACGUCCAGUGGCUAUGCCUACAGCUUCACCAAGGAGCCAGAAUGUAUCCACGUGAUGAGGCGAUGGGAAGGAGGCGACCCUGGGGUGUCCAACCAGAAGACCCCGACCACCAUCUUGUUGACUCCCGAGAGGAAAUUCCACAGCUUUGGAUAUGCCGCCAGGGACUUUUACCAUGACCUGGAUCCCAACGAGGCCAAGCAGUGGCUGUACCUGGAGAAGUUCAAGAUGAAGUUGCAUACCACUGGGGACCUCACCAUGGAUACAGACUUAACGGCAGCAAACGGCAAGAAAGUCAAAGCCCUUGAAAUCUUCGCUUACGCCCUGCAGUACUUCAAGGAGCAGGCGCUGAAGAAAAGCAAAACAGCGCAAACGUCCGUCAGCGAGCAGGUUACGAAGUGGGGUCUGUCCCUACAAUGGGAUAUUAUUCAGCCAUAAAAAGGAAUAGAGCACUGAUGCCCGGGACAACAUGGGUGAACCCUGAACACGUUCUGCUAAGGAGGAGAAGCCAGACGAUACUGGAGGAUUCCAUUUGUAUGCAAUGGCCAGAGGAGGCAAGUCCACAGAGACAGGAAGCAGA